AUGGAGGGCCGCAUCGGUGCUGUGUUUAUUAUCAUUCAGCUUAGUGACGGUCCCAUUGAUCUUCUAGACUUUUUCCACCGCGCAUGGAACGCCGAGUUGCUACGCAACGCCGCCUCGGAGCCCACUGGAUGUCUUCUGCGCUUCCCACUGCUGCGUGUUAAUGACACCGUCUGCAGCGGUGUGGUAGCCUCUGUUCUUGCAAGCGGCGUGGUGCGUGUUGCGUCCAGCGGCUCCAUUGAGGCAGCUUUGGCGAUUGCGGAUUUUGUGCACACCUACGUCCUUCGGCGCCUUGCACCGCUUCCAAGGCGAACUGGCACGAAGAGCAUUGCGUUGCUUCAGGUCUUUCUCUCUCCCGCCCCGUCACUGCCGAAUGGAACAGGUGUGGACACAUCGGAGGGCGCAGCAGCAUGGCUGCGUGAGCGCAUAGCAUAUUCCACCGCUGCCGCCACGCGCGGCGGAGAUGGUGACGGGCCACACGUAAUGCAGUGGUGGCAUUGCCUUAAAGAAAGCUCUGUGACAGCUCUGCGCCACCGGCACACACUUCGCAUUGUGUGCCACUUCAGGCAGCUUCCUCCACCGCAGUUGAGGCGUGAGUUGGGCCCGGCUGUCGGCAGAAGCCUUGAUGACCGUGACGCGGACGCGUUCUUCCUUGGAAGCGAACUUAUGUCUGUUAUGCCGUUGGGAAGCGUCUUUGUGGCGGUGGGGCACAACCCGGAAAAAGUCUCGGAUCACGACAUGAGCAGGAGUGGAGGCGAGAAAGAGGGCAGUAGGCAAAAACGUUCGCGCUGUGAGUCUGAAGCGAGGGCACCGGAGGCGUUGUCUUUGGCAUCUUCUGUGGGAGAAGACGUGGUCGCGCUCAUGACACCACCAUCAUCAUUUGUGACAUCUUCCACCGCCGCGCAGGCUCUCCAUACAGCGCUUCCUGCUGCUGAUGCGGUAACUGAGGCGUGUCCGUUGGUGGCAAAGCCGCAGCUGAAGGUGGAGACGAUAUUGUACCGCUCAGGACGUGUCUUUGCGACCACGGACUCCGUGGAGGCUUUGUCUUUUGUAGUGGAAGAGCUGCUUCUGCCGUUAAUGCAGAGACAGCAAGGAGACUAA